AUGAAUCAAAAGGGAAGUUUUUGUGAGGCUUUUAGGAAACAUGAAGAAAAUUUUGCUGAAAGCAAAGAGAAGGUGCAAAAGUGGAGAGAUGCAUUGAGAGAGGUCGCCAACUUGUCAGGCUGGGAUUCUAAGGAUCAACUUGAAACAAAGCUCAUUGAAGAAGUUGUUGCACAAGUAUGGAAAAAACUGGAACUUAGAUUUUCAUCCUAUAACGAUGGACUGGUCGUGAUUGAUACAAGAUUGGAAGAAUUAUAUUCAACUCUGAAGAUAGGUUUCGAGGACGUUUGUUUCAUAGGGAUAUGGGGUAUGGGUGGGAUAGGGAGGUCUCUGGCGAAAGAAAUGAAGGUAUGCUACAGUUACAGAAUAAAGUUCUCUCAUCUGAACAUAAAAGGAAUGGUAAUUGAAACCUUAAGCGAAAGAAAGGACAGCUUAAGAAACCUUUUAUCUAACAAAAAGGUUCUUCUUGUCCUUGAUGAUGUAAGUUCUAAAAGCCAACUUGAGAAUUUGGCUGGAAGCCAUGCAUGGUUUGGUCGAGGGAGUAGAAUUAUAAUUACGACUAGGGAUAAGCACCUCUUGAUAUCGCAUGCUGUAUUGUUUGAAAUGUAUGAGAGUAACAUCUUAAAUAAAAGUGAAUCCCUUCAACUUUUUUGUGAAAAAGCUUUUAAAAAGGACAAACCGGAAGAAGAUUAUUUUGAGUUAUCUAAGACUAAAAGUGUGGUCGAUUAUGCUGGAGGCCUUCCUUUGGCUCUUGAAGUGUUGGGUUCUUUUCUUUGCGGAAGAAGGAUAUCUGAUUGGGAAGAUGCUUUGAUCAAAAUUAAACAAGUUCCACAUGAUGAUAUCCUAAACAAACUUCAAAUAAGUUAUGACAUGUUAGAAGAUGAACACAAAACUAUAUUUCUAGAUAUUGCAUGCUUUUUUAAGGGAUGGUAUAAACAUAAAGUGAUACAGAUAUUGGAAAAUUGCGGCUUUCAUCCAACACUUGGAAUAAAUGUUCUUAUAGAAAAAUCACUAGUAACUUUUGAUGGAAGAGUUAUUGGGAUGCAUGAUAUGCUAGAAGAAAUGGGUAAAACCCUAGUUUUUCUAGAAUCUCCUAAUGAUCCUGGCAAACGGAGUAGAUUGUGGUCUCUAGAGGAUAUUGAUGAAGUACUAAGAAAUAAUAAGGGAACUGAACUUGUUCAAGGUAUUGUUUUGAAGUCAUCACCAUCUAUGUCAUUUGAAGCAUGUUGGAACCCCGAGGCCUUCUCAAAGAUAUGUAAUCUUAGCUCACUAAAAGUGCAUAUAUGGCGGGCAUAUCCAAUGAAUACUCUACCACUUGGAGUUCAACUGGAUAAGCUUGUUCACUUACAAAUGGUUAAUAGUAAAGUCAAACAACUGUGGAAUGGAACUCAGUAUUUUGGAAAGCUGAAAGUAAUUGAUUUGAGUUAA